AUGCCCGCUCAAUUCCUUUUGUUGGUUUUAUAUUUCUCUCUCUUUUGGUCCGUCUAUCGCCCUGGGGCUCCUCUUACUAUCGCUUUUUUUCUGGGGGGGGUGCCGGCAACGGAUGCGGCAAAAGCGGCAGGUAGAAGAAAAAAAAAGCGAGAGAGCGGGCGAGACAAACCGCGGAGGAAGUUGCACGAGGGAACAAAACUCUUUUUUUUUUUUUUUAUUGUCGGGGGGAUGAUCCCCGUCCGCCCUGUUGUUUUUUGCGGCGGCGUGUGGAGGGGCUCGGCGGUCAGAGGAAGCCAAAGUAGUGCGUCGGCGGUGGGUCUUUUUGUUGUUGUCGUUCCCGCAUCUCUGCCGAUGACUUGA